GCUCCUACAUGUAGGGAUUUUCCCUGUGACGGGGAGCUUCAAGAUAAUCUGCCUGGGGAUUCCCCAGUCUGCCUCCAGAAAUAUCACUCUAGAAGCAGUAGCAGUUUCAUUCUGCUCUCACAGUCUGUCCUGCAAAGAGGCACGCUGCUGCUGCUCUGUGAUUUGAAGCAGUAAACGCCAUGUCUUUGGUAGUCUACGCUCUGUUCAUUAUCCUGUGCAAUGGCCAUGUGUACCUGUGCUUUGCAGUUCGGUGCUUGAUCCAUGGGGCUUCUGUGGUGGUCCCAGGUGUUGCUGUAAGAUGUGCUGAAGAAGCGCUGCUGCCUUGUAAAGUUCUUCGGGACUCCUCAGUCACCUACCAGACAGCAUCUUGGUAUAAAAUGGCUGGUGAUGGCGAAGGAAUAGCAUGGAAGGUCCUUGACGUGGAAUCUCAUUAUCCAAAAGAACUUGUGGGAUCCCUGGAGCUCUCCAAUGACACCUUCUUUUCACUGAGGAUCAAAAACGCGACCAGCCAGAACAGCGGGACAUAUAAGUGCACUUUGGGUGAACAGAGCGGAGAACGCAAUCUGAGUGUCACAGUCACAUUAAAAGUAACAGGUUGCCCUGGAAUAGAAGAUGAAAAAUUAAAAAAAUACAAAACCGAGCUUUUCAUGCUGACAUGCCUUGGGAUUUUUUACUUGCUGCUCAUCUUUUUUACCUGUACAUGCCUAAGAAAAGACAGUAUGUCUCCCAAUUAUCAAAAAAACAGACCAGAUAUGAAACACAUGCUCACCCUCAUCAACGUACAUGAAAUGACAACUUUCCAGGAUUUAAACAGUGACAACACUUGCAAAAAUGGGCUUACUUCAAGUUCUGUCUAAGUUGAUGUUGACAGGACCGUGGGCUCAUCAGUAAACAUGACACAAGCUGGAUGGCUGAGUGGUAUGGAGAGGAAAUAAAUGAUAAUAUAUGGCCUCUUUGGAACAGCCUGAAAGUAUAGGUAACCUGUCAGUGACCUGCUUGUGCUGGACAAGCCUUCGAAAAGCAGUGUUGUGCACUACAGUAACUUUUAGGAGUUAGGCAGCUAAAAAAUACCAUUACAGCUACACAACAGUGUUAUGAUGCUGUUAUGAAGUUGGUAUCAACUUUAUUUCACUCUGCUGUGCAACCCUCUUCUUCUGAGCAAGAACGCUCCUGUGAUACGAAGACCAGGUUAUAAGGAGGCCGUGGCAGCGCAAAGCUGGGUAACUAAGCUCUUCACUGAACUAAUAGCUCUCAUCUUUGAAAAGCAAACACAAAAAGUUCUGCAGUAUGAAAAGCUAAGUGUGCGGGGCUGUCUCUGCUCCGAACCUGGUUCUGGAUGGAGUUCCUUUACUGCAAACGGGAUGUAACUUCUCAUGCGUUGUUCAAGUAAACUGAAGAGGUAACUUCAUGCUCUUGUCCUGGGUGGAUCAAAUCAACAUUCACUUUUGAAUGUCAGAGUGACAGGCUGGAAUGUAAGAAGGGAGAGAAUAUUCUGGAAGUCUUUCUGGACCAAGAGGAACUUUCUAUCUCUGCAAGAGAAACAGGGACACGUUUCCCAAGGGCAUCUCUAGACAGGUGAAUCCACAGGAAGCUUCAAUGAGACUGUUAACCUUAAAGCAACAAAAAUAAGAAUGAAGCAGCCAGUGAUAUUAAGGACAUGUAAAGAUGACUUAUUCUGUGGUUUAUAAACAUGAAGCCAAAUGUAGGCGACAUCUAUGUCAGUCAAGUUACAUGAGUGAUAACCAAAGCAAUGGCUUGGAAGAAAUCAACCGUCCAUAGCUUUGGGAUGUACCAGGUCAGCCAUGAGAUAUAGAAAUGGGAGACGAGACGCAUGAGCACCUGCUUUUGAUGUUGACAGCGUGCAGUAUAUAUGACACAAGGACAGAGAGACUGUGGGUGUUUAUGCCACAACAUGAGAAUUUGAGCCCGAACAUGUGAAUUUGCAAGCACUUAAGAACACAAUCUUAAAAAAAAAAUAAAAAUCCUUCAAGAGUUAAACUGCGACAUUAGGAUUUUUAAUGCAGUUUGGAAUUGCAGGUGGUGACAAGGAGGCUCUUUCUAGAAUCCUUUGACUAAUUUUGAAGCGCUGAUGGAAGGAAAGCACUGCGCAUCCCUCGGUAGGGCCUCUGUUAGCAGAGUAGAUGUCUGCAUUGGUGGAGUCCGAGGGGCUUAUGACCAGAAGAAUGGUUACAAGGGAUAUGCAAUUUACUUAGAGCAUGGUAAAUUAAUGCCACAUUUGCUUUUUUAUAAUCAAUUUUUACAUAUAAAUGUGUGGAACAUACUUGAAAUAAAAGUUCAGAAGUAACCUACCAUUUGUCUUUGUGUGCCACAUAUGGCAAAUAA